AUGACAAACCAACCACAUAAGCUUUUUUAUAAAGGAGUUGACAAUGAUUUCGUAAUCUUUGUUGAUGACUUCUCAUUGUAUGAAAAGUACAAGAAAGGCGACACUACCAUUCCCCUCAUUGACAUAGUCUCGGUAUUUAAAGUAUUUAUCAACAGACAAGGUGGUGUCGAUGGUAUCUUGGAUGAAGCUUCGAAACAAGACUUGAACAACAACUUCAAGACGAGUAACGCGGACGAAGUGAUCAAGAUUAUUUUGGAAAAGGGAAGUGAUAAACAUAAUGCUGAUGUGGAUAAUGGAAUUGCUUCUCACAAUGAUAGCAUUGGUGCUGGCAACACUGGAAAUUAG